GAGACCAGAGGGUACGAGAUGGAGGGACAGAAAGACCCUCGCCCCACCCCAGCGCACAGCAAGGCUACAUGUUUAGAAUAUUCUAACACUAGGAACUUACCCUGGUCUCAGAUUUCACAUCUGUGUGUCCCCGAAGCUGGCUAAGGUAGAGCCAAGGGGCAUUACUCUGGGAAUGCCGCUGCUGGGCAGAAGUCCUUCCUCAGUGGGAUGCCUCCCUUUCUUCCAGCAGGAUCCACACCUGGUCCUUCCUUCCCUGCAGAUGGGCUUUCCAGUGCUGAGGACUUCCCUCCUCUGCCUGAGUCUGAUCCUACAUCUUUGGAGCCAGGGGCCAGGCAUCCAGGGCCAAGAGUUCCAAUUCGGACCCUGCCGGGUGGAGGGAGUCGUCCUCCAGGAACUGUGGGAGGCCUUCUGGGCCAUGAAGGACAUUGUGCAAGCUAAGGAUAACAUCACGAAUGUCCGGCUACUACGGAAGGAGGUUCUGCAUAACGUCUCGAACGCUGAGAGCUGUUACCUUAUCCGUGCCCUGCUGAAGUUCUACUUGAAUACCGUUUUCAAAAACUACCAGGAUAAGGCAGCUGACUUCAGGGUCCGGAAGUCAUUCUCCACUCUGGCCAACAACUUCAUUGUCAUCGUGUCAAAACUACAGCCCAGUCAGGAAAAUGAGAUGUUUUCUGUCAGUGACAGUGCACGCAGGCGGUUUCUGCUGUUCCAGAGAGCGUUUAAACAGUUGGACAUAGAAGCGGCCCAGACCAAAGCCUUUGGAGAAGUGGACAUUCUCUUGACCUGGAUGGAAAAAUUCUACCAGCUCUGA